AAGCGAGUGAUGUCUCUCGCGGGGGGUUGUAUCGAACCUUGGGUCCUGUUGUUAAAGAAGGACAUAAAUAGAGGAGAAGAGAACUGGAUGGUUCAGUUUGUUUCGUCUCAUCAAAAUACAUUCUUGAUCCUACAAAAAUGAUAUCAAGAAUAUGGAUCAUAUGGACUUGUUCUGUUGUGAUACUUUUGCUGGUGAUCGACUGUGAUUGCAUUAGAAAGCAGACUGCGUUAUCUAAGAACUGGGGACCACAGUCAAUGCUUUACCUAAAGGGAAAACACGGAAGGCGGUUUGUUCCUGACAUUGAAGACUUUAUUUCAGAUUCAGGGUUGAAAAGCUGGUAUGCAGUUCUCAGAGGGUUUCAGAAACUGAAGUCGUUAAAUGCAAGGAAACCAUCAGAAAUAUUCACAACACAAAACUUGUAAUUCGUUGACUGAUGUAUGAUUUUUGUAUAUUGUUUAUGCUUUAAAAUAAAUUUAUUUAUGUCAUAUUUGGGAAAAAAAGGUAUUUGUUUUUUCUCUGUUGUGUGUACAUUAGAGCUGUUGUCAACUAAACUUAAACAGGACUGUGAUCUAUAGUGCCGUGGUCUCCAAAAUGGUCUGUGAGUUGCCCGCCAAAACACAAUCUAUUAAUAGCCUCAAUUUAAUAUUUAUUUAUUACAUAUUUUUAUAUUAGCUUGGCUUUUUGUGUAUGUUAACAUUUUAAACAAUGAUAAAACACACUGUAAAAAAUAUUUUUGCACUUAAUUUUUUAUGUUUAAUCAACUUGGAGUUCCACAAUAAAACAAUCUGGAGGGCAAUUUUUUUGA